AAAUUGAAAAACUUCAUGAUAUUGAAUUAGAUAUUGGAAAUUUCAUAACUCAAACUAACGCUAUAAAUGAUUAUUCGAAAUCAGUCAUCCUUCAACGAAGUAAUGUUCCUAGUAAUGAUUUUCAAUAUCCAUUUUCAAUUCAUACUAAAAAAGGGGGUAUGCAUAAAACAGAGCAAUUAAAAAGCUUGGUUACAGAACCAGUAAUUAAAUUUGCAAAGCUAUUAGGAAAAGAUGGUAUUUUAGAAUUACACAAUAAUAAUGGCUAUCAUAAAGAUAAUUUACAACGAGCAAAUGACUUUUUGAAUAUCUACAAUCAUCCUGAAAAAGAAGUUAUCAAUUUAGUAAACGAUCAACACCAGCAAAAUAUACCGUUGCGUGGUCAUCGUGAUGAUGGUUUUAUUUAUCAAGAAGAUGGGGGAAAAGUUGAUUCUGUCAUUAAUCAAGGAAACUUUAAAGAACUUCUUAAGUUUCGAAUUGAUACUGGUGACCAUUUACUUAAAAAUCAUUUGAAAACUACUGGUGAAAGAGCUACUUACAUAAAUGUUCAUUUGGAUGACAACGAUGAACCUCAAGAAAUAUUAAAUAGUAAAUUGGAACCUAAAUUAACUGGAGAACUUUUGGGAAAUACAGUCGUAAAACUAUUGCAAGAAUUAGAAUUAGAUUUAAAUUACUGUGUAGGCAUUGGGACCGAUGGCUGUUCCGUUAUGAUAUCUGCAGUCCGCGGCGCUGUCCAACAAAUUAGAAAAAUUGCUAAAAAUGCAAUACAUAGUCCUUGUUCAAAUCACGCCUUAAAUUUAAGUAUUUCAAAAUCGUCUACUGUACAAUCAAUUCGCAACUGUGUUGGAGUAAUAAAAGAAGUUACUUCUUUUUUUCAUAUAUUUGUCAAACGUAAUUACGUUCUUCAACAACAUUUGACUAACCAUAGAAAAUUGCAUAAUUUAUGCGAAACACGAUGGAUAGAAAGGCACGACAGUGUAUUUCAUUUUAAGGAAUCAAUAAUUGAAAUUAUUGACACUUUAACUGAAAUAUCUGGAUGGCAGGAUAAUAUUUCUUCUUCGAAAGUUAAAAUGAUGAUAUCUGCUAUUUGUAAUUGUGAAUUUAUAUUUUCUCUUUUUUCAUUAUCAAAUUUACUAGCUGUUACUUUUCCGAUAAGUAAAAUUUUACAAGGCAAAGAUCAAGAUAUUGUUGCUGCAUCUGAAUGUAUCAAAGAUGUAUAUUUAAUACUUGGACAAAAUCGUGAAAAAUGUGAAGAAAAAUUUCAAUCUAUGUUUAAAGAGUGUGAAUUAAUUCUAAACAAACUUGAUGUUGAUAUUAAAUUGCCCAGGAUUAUAGCACAUCAAAAACAUAGAGUUAAUGCUACAUCAUCAAACAACCCUGUUGAUUAUUAUAGAAUUAAUAUUUAUAUUCCUUUAUUGGAUAAUGUAUUAGAAGAUUUUGAUUUCCGAUUCUUAAGCAAGGAAAAUUCAAAUAUUACUUUAUCAAUACAACGUAUACCAAAAUAUGUUGUCAAAAUGAAAACUGAAGACUACAAUAGCUAUUUUGCAAAAAUUAUAGAAAUAAUGACUAAAGAUUACACAUACUUUCAAAAUGUUUCAGAACAAGCCAUAGAGAAUGAAAUAAAUAUGUGGUUUACUAAAUGGCUUAGACUUCAAACGGAAGGAAAAAAUAUUCCAGUUAAUGGGUUGGAUGCUCUAAGUAUGUGUCCAGAAUCUAUAUUUCCAAAUAUAAAUAAAAUGCUGAUUAUUAUUUGUUCACUACCAAUCAGUGUCGCGACAGCAGAACGCAGUUUCUCAACACUCAGAAGGCUGAAAACAACAACAAUUGGCGAAGAAAGGUUGAACGGGCUAGCAUUACUUCACAUUCAUAAAGAUAUUCCUAUAGAUACAGAAAAUAUUAUUACACGUUUUGCUAAACAAAAAAAAAGACAUAUGCUUUUAUUGUAG